AUGUUGGGGGCACUGAUGUCUCUUUUUAGGAGUGUCCCUGGGAUCCUUGCUUCCUCGGGGAGCAUCGGAGUCACACUGGCUUGGCUGAUCAGCUAUAAGCCAGUCCUGUUUGGGUUCCUAUUCCUUCUGCUGUUGUUUAGCAACUGGCUGGUGAAGUAUGAACUCAAGCCCACCUCAGAGACCCAGCAGGAAGAGGCAGAGACACCAAAGCCUCCUGAAGCCAACCCCAACUGCACCAUCAUGAACACUAAAGAAGUCGAGAAAAUACAUGCCUGCUUUGCCCUCCAGGACAAGAUCCUCGAACGGCUUCUGUUCAGUGAAAUGAAACUGAAGGUCUUGGAAAAUCAGAUGUUCAUCGUAUGGAAUAAAAUGAAUCACAGCAAGAGGCCAAGCAGACAUCGGACUUUUUCCAUGGGGAGACAUAGGAGGAGGAAGCAUAGGUCAAUUUUCUCUACUUUAUCUGACUGCAGUUCCAAUUAUCCCACCUAA